AUGCAACGACGCGUCGACAAUGAGGCGAGUUGUAUGGAUGUUUGCCCACCAGAGUUUUCCUUCCUCGGUUCUGUCGUCCGUGGUCAUCAUCAGACGGAUGUGUGUGCAAAGCCAUUCGAGUUUGGCUCUCUAACGACUCUUUGGCGCCUCCAGUUCGAUUUGGAAACAGCCGGUCUUAGCAAAAACGAAGUCAAUUUGAGAGCGUUUGAUAAGAAUGUUGUUUAUGAAGGAAGGAUUGAAAUAGAUCCAUGCAAUCAGAAAUGGCUCACAACAGCAUUUUCAAAUAAGGUUCACAGCUAG